AUGUACAAGAGUCGUGAAGAGAUUCAACGGGAGCAUGAGGCUUUCAAGAAUAGGCUCGUUGCGGAUGUGCUGGGAGCGGAAGGCACUAGCGGCGAACGGUCGGUUCCAAUGGACAAAGUGGUCAUGUUGAUCUGGCAGUUUCGUGAUGACCCUACAGUGGUCACCUUUAUGGCCCGAUUCGUUGCCAAGUUUGCUGGAUCCAGAACAGUCUUUGACGGAAUCGAGUUUUACUUGCCUCAGUUGGCACACAUGAUUAUUCACUUGGAAGCAGAGUGGGACGAUGCCAUCUUGGAACGAUUCGCCUUGGUCAUUGCACAACAGUCUCUUCAUUUUGCCUUGCAAUUCAACUGGAUUCUACAGGGAACUCUGGAGGAUUAUCAGCCAGAAUUACCCAGUGGAUUGCCAAAUCCAUCUUACAAUCCGCUUUAUUAUGCUCGGUGCAUCAAACUAUUGACCAAUCUAGAGCGAUGUGUCGUUUACGGGAGACCUCGAUCUCAACAACUUCAACGUCUCUAUGAGCAAGGAAAAAUCACAAAACAAGAAUUACACAUUAUGGAAAAUGCUGACCGUCGAUUCCAUGCCUUGCAAUUGACCUCGGGAUCCGUGCGAGAUGACAGCGGCGGCACUGGAUCCAGUCGACCAAUGAUGCCCGUUUCGCCAUCCAUGGCGGACGUCAAUAAGGGAGGUGACAAUUCUACUUUUGCAAGUUUCCUCAUGUACAAGAGACCCGUACGUUUGGGGGCCUUUAGAAGCAAAGGAUGGAAAAAGCGGUACUUUGUAAUUGAAGAACAAAUGCUCAAUUGUUACCGAUCCCAGGAAGAUGGUGUUCACCAUCGGAAUCUGGUCCGAGCCAUGCCACUAGAUGGGGCAUCCAUUACCGAUGACGAAGUGUCUGGGAAAGACAAGUACCCACACAUGUUCACCGUAUCCAACAGAGAGUACGAAUUCAAGCUCAGAGCCAAAAACAAACAGGAAAAAGUUGUGUGGAUGCGGCGACUGACGGAAGAGAAUGAUUGUAGCUCCUUGUUCCAUCACACGAACAUGCCGUUCCAGCAACUCAAUCACAUGAAGCAAACCUCGAAAUCGGCCAAGAACCUGGGCACUGCCGAUCAAGUCGAAGAGAAGCAGCAGAAAAUCCAGAAUAAAGUCGUCGGAGACUUGACACCCAGUCAAUUGGCUCGAUAUGAGUUCUUCCGCAAUGAACGGCGCUUUGUCCGGCGCCUCACGGAUAUUGCCGAAGAGCUCCGCUUUCUCGAGAAAGAUGAGCGCAAAAGAGUGGCCCCGGGACUCAUGAGGGACCUUCACACUCCCAAAUGCGUCUAUCUUCCCCUCUGUAACUCCAGUGACACCUGGAGACGCGUGUGCAAGUCCAUCCCCGAGUACACCAAAGUCUUCUCGACAAAGGCUCGUUGUCCGACGAUCAUGUUUUUUCUCUCACGGUUCGGAGAGGAUCCGCCACGAGCCAGCACCAGACCGGCUCUGUCGGUACAAAAGAAAACCAGCUUGGACGUGGCCGAGUACAUGCACAUGCAUUUUGAGGUGGUCGCGGAAUCCACGAAUGGAGAAUCACCGGUGGUGCAGAGCAACCUGUCUCAAAUCUCGGAGGCAGGCGAAGGUGAGGAAAUGACGGAGUCACAGCACGAAAAGACCCAGAAUCGAGCCCUAGAGCCUCUAGAGCCAGAUGACAGUCCAGACAAAGGAAGCCGUGUCUGGCACAACACAGAAGAGGAGGAAGAAGAUGAUGAAAGGAACAGACGCUCCGCAAAUGCCGAUAGGCCUCUCCGUUCAUCCUUUGCUCAGAUUCCCAAGAGACUUGCCGAUCGCAUGGACAAUCGUCGUAAAGGAAAGCAAACAAACAGUGUGAUGGACAACAUUGUGGAUAUUCAGACGGUGCCCAUUUUGGAAGGCCAGAGCCGAGACGACGGAGACGACGCAUCGAUUAGCAGCAGCGUGAUGUAUAAGACAACAAUUGUGCUUGGAGAUCAAGACCUUGGCGAUAUUGACCAGGAGAGUUUGGAUCGCGCCAAGCAAAUGGUUAGUGGCGGGGAAAGCUGGGCAGAAAAAUCAGCUCGAAUGCUAAUGGAAGAAGUCGAAAAAGCAGGACCGGAAGAAGCCAACAAACCUGGAUCCCAAGAAGUCAUCAGCCUCAUGUCCAAGUCGAACGACGAUCUGCGACAAGAAGUUUUCGUCAUGCAGAUGAUUCACUUCUACAAGUCUGUUUUUGCAAGUGCAAAGUUGCCCCUUUGGCUCAAGACGUAUCGAAUCCUCAGUACGUCGAAGGACGCUGGUGUGCUUGAGGUGAUCAUGGAUGCAACAUCCCUUGACGGGCUGAAGAAACACCCAAACUACCCCAAGAAAGGAGGGCUUCGAGCCUACUUCGAGCACACCUACGGUGCACCCAACACGAAGUCAUUCAAGGCGGCCCAAAAGAACUUUAUGCAGAGUUUGGCAGCUUAUUCCAUCGUGUCGUACCUCCUGGGGUUGAAGGACCGCCACAAUGGAAACAUUAUGAUUGACACCAGGGGGCAUUUGGUUUUCAUUGACUUUGGUUUUGCCAUGGGAAUGAACGUCGCUCACGAAUUCACUUUUGAGCGCUCUCCCUUCAAGCUGACUCCCGAGUACGUUGAAGUGAUGGGCGGUCCACGAUCGAAAUGUUUCCAAGAGUUCAAGAAGCUCUUUGUUGCUGGAUUCAAGGAGGCUCGCAAGAACGCUCAGCUUGCUUUGGGUCUGGUGGAAAUCAUGAUGUACAAGAGCAACUUUCCUUGCUUCAGUGGCUGGCGAUACGGGAACGGAGUCGCGCUGACGAAGUUCCAAAAGCGCCUGAUGGUUUGGACUCCCGAUCGUCUGGUAGAACGUGAAGCCCUACGACUGGUCAAUUCAGCUCGGGGGCACCUUGGGACGUACUUGUAUGAUUGUUUCCAAAAGGCCACCAACGGAUAUGCAAUUUAG